UCACAAGCAGGAGAGAGGAGGAAACCACCAGGAUGGAAAUCACAAAGGAAAAUAUGACACCAAUGGAGAUGCUUGAGAAAAUAACUGAGCUGGAUUACAGUCAGAGCCAACUGAAGGAGCUGAACACUACGAUGAGGCACUGGCUGGAUGUUGCAGAUGAUGAUAUGGCAGUGCUGCGCUCAGAGAACGUCGCCCUCAAAAAACAAGUGAAAGUCCUGGAGAAGCUCAUCAGUGAAGCACAGGAAGUUGAAGAAGAACCUUGCAGGCUCCUUGUUACCAAUGACCUUGAUGUAAAAAGAUGCUGUGAAAAAGAGAUCCAGAAAAUGGAGGACGAAUCCACCACGAUGAAGGAACAAAAUAAGAAACUAACCACAGAGCUGAAGAACCUCCAGCAAGAGAGAGAGCAGGACAAGAUCAGCCUGAGCAAGUUCCAAGCUGCAAUGAAAACCCUUGAGUUUGAAAUGGAGGAGGCUAAUGCCGGGCUGCAGCAGAGAGAUGAAAGUCUUCAUCAGUCAAACUUGCAACUGAAGCACUUGGAGGAAACAGUCGAAGAGUUUUCAAUCAUCAUAAAGGAUCUCAGGGGGACAAAUCAGGAGCUGAGAGAGCAGUGGGAGGACAGACAGGAUGAGGCCUUACUCUCUGCUCUGAGUGACCUGACGGAAGAAAACGAUGGAUCGCUCAGUCCCCCUCUGUCCCUCUUAGAAGAAAUUAAGCUGCUGGCUUCUUCAGAUGAAGUGAAGACAAGCAUGUCAGACUCCACACAUCUAAUACAUAAGGAAACUGAGACCGAGGACUUGCUGAAACCUCAGAGUCUCGAAGAAGAUCUUCAGACCAAAAGGUGGUCAGGAAUCUCACAAACAGCCAUUCAGAGAGCAGGACUUUUCAUGAUGUGCGUCCUCUUGCUCCUGGUUUUGGCCUUUGUGACGUCAGGAAACAGUGAUUUGUUUUCCACUUUCUGGAAUGGUGCACGUGUGAUAUUGCAGCCCUACUGCAGUGUGCACUAUGGUGGCUUACCUCCUGUUUGAUCUUAAC